GUCGAUAAACGCUUGUUUGCGUUUGGCGGUGGCGGAAAUGUCAUCAACGAUCUUCAUGUACUCGAUCUCAUUACUUUACGGUGGGACAGUGUCCAGGCAUCUUCCGGAAUUCCGCCGAGUAAGCGAUAUGGACACACCGCUACCCGAUGGAACGAUUCCAUCGUUUUAUUUGGCAAGUUUUGCCUGCUAAAAUGGUCGAAGACCUAUUUUCAAGACUAUUGCAACGACGUCCAUAUUUUCGAUUUGCGAACGUUUACCUGGAGCCAGCCCCAGAUUACCGGUGUCGUUUCGGCACGUUAUUUACAUAGCGCCGUCGUUUUCAAUGACAAGCUCUUCAUUUACGGCGGUUUUGCGAAAAGUUCAGAUUGCACAUAUGUGUUGGAUGAACUGAACGUUCUUGAUUUAAAGUCAAUGCGUUGGUCCAAAUAUCAUGAGGUGCCUCCAAGAUACAAUCACUCAGCGACGCUUGUCGGUCAUAAAAUGUAUAUUUAUGCCGGCAAGGACGAGCACGGAAACACAGUAUCAGAUCUAUUUGCUGUUAAUUUGCUAUCGGAACCAUAUACCCUACAUCUUGUGCUCAGCGGAUCUCAGUCAAGCAUUAACGCCAAGAUGAUCCUUUUAAAAAGUCAGCAUUUCUGCGAUACGGCCUGUGGCAAGCUUCUCGUAUUCGGACGCUAUCUUGCUAAAGGCUUAAUAGCAGGAAGCAAUGCCGAGUCCACUUACAGCUUAUGGAUGCUGGAUCUAGAUACCUUGAAAUGGAAACGCCAGGAGUGCGAUGCUCAAUUCGACACCGGCGGAUGGAAUUAUUUCACAAUAAUCAGUGAUGAAACGUAUUCUUCCGUAGAUGGAAAGGAUAUUGAACUUGCAUACGGUUAUGUUAGAGACGCUUUAAUGAUCGAUGGCGAAUCUCUUGGUUUAUACGAUGUUCCAUGCGGUCGGAGAAUGAGCGAAUUUUCUCACUUGCUGAACAAUCCCGAGUUCUCCGAUUUUGAAAUUAUCCCUGCAGAUGGCCGGCCCAUCUAUGUUCACCAAGUGAUCCUGAUAUCUCGUUGGGCACAUUUUCGGAACAUGUACCAGAGCGGCAUGCUGGAGGUCAUGGAGCGUUGCAUGAAGCUACCGGAGAGCUUUGAUGUGGUGAUUGCAUUCCUCAGGUAUCUGUACACCGAUCAAUUGGACGAAAACGAGCCAUGGACCAUUAUUUGUGAAGUACUUGUAAUGGCAAACAUGUACAUGCUCAGCCGACUGAAAAAAAUGUGCUGCGAACGAUUAUACCGUCGGCAUUUGACGGUGGACAGCUGCAGUAUCAUUUUCGAAAAAGCGAUUAUUGCCGAGGAAACUGGGCUGAAAUUACUGGUACUCGAUUUUAUGUUUCGCAACUACGGAUCAGUAUUGAAAUCC